GAAGGUGAUAUGAGGGUGGAGGGCCGUUUUACAGCUUUGACAUACUACCUAGAGGUUAGCGCCGGGCAGCGACAAUUAAUGACUGCCUGGUCCCCCAUAAACUCUCGCCGCUGAUAACAACAGGGCCCUACAAUGAACUCGUACUUAGAAUACCCCGUCUGCAACCGAGGAACCAACAUUUUCAACACCAAGGCCGGAUACCACAACCUGAACCAUGGAUAUAUGUCGUCGCUGUCCCCGGGUCAAUGCGCAACAAGUGAUGGCUACGGAGGCGAAGGCCGGCUGGUGGGUGCCAGCAGCGCAGCUUGUCCAACCCACCAGAACCCCGGCCACCCUCUCCACCACCACCAUGUCAACUUGGACCUCCAGUUUCCGUCCCCAGGGACCGCCACGGUGUACGGGGCGCAGGUCGGGCCGCCCAUGGACUACGGGCACCACCAGUAUGGCCUCGGCCACGAGCAGGAGCGAAUGUUUCUGACUGCAUCCCCCGGAUCUAACAUGGCGCCCUACGGGGACGGCUGCGGGCCAGCUGGCCAGUAUCUGCACUUCAGCAGCGGGGAUCAGAGGCCUCACGAACCUAUUGAGAGUGUUUACUCGAGGCUACCGUCCCAAACCAAGGAGAGAGACCCCGACCACGGCGAGCAAACGUCUAAAACCUUCGACUGGAUGAAGGUGAAGCGGAAUCCCCCUAAAACAGCUAUCCUGAGUGACUACGGGGUCCCCGGCCAGAUGCAGAACGUCAUCCGCACCAACUUCUCCACCAAGCAGCUCACGGAGCUGGAGAAGGAGUUCCACUUCAACAAGUACCUGACCCGGGCACGGCGCGUGGAGGUCGCCGCCAGCCUGGAGCUCAACGAGACUCAGGUGAAGAUCUGGUUCCAGAACCGAAGGAUGAAGCAGAAGAAGCGCGAGAAAGCAGGAAGUGUCCUCCUGCUCCACAGCCAAGCACCUGCGGAGAGCGGCUCCCCUCCCAAAGCUUCACCGGCCCAACUCGAGACUUCUCCCCGAGUCAAGCGGAAAGACUGUGAACUAUGACGGCGACUUACGAUCGAUUCUUCAAUUAGUAACAUAUUCACGCUAUACCUCCCGACUGGUGAUCACUGAUACGUGUAAAAAAUACUUGUGGACUUGUGGAUAAUACAGGGUAAUUAGAUUGUGAUUUAAUGUAUGCAUUUCUUUCUGAAUUGGAUGCCACUUUACUUCCUGUUCUUGAUGCAUUUGUAGCAUUCGUGUUGUGUUUUAUGUUGUAGCACUGACGUGUUGUCAGUGUAUUUUUUUGCACUAUUUAUUAACAGGGUAUUUUACAAGAAUUGUGAUGAUUAGGCAUAGCCUAAUAAAGACUCUACCAUUAUAAUGUAUGUGUUUUUCAAAUGAUUUCUAUAAUUAUUGCCUUUUGUUUGUUAGAAAAUAUGUAAGACGUGAUUUUUUCUCAAAUAAAAAUGUCUUUAACGUGGUGAUUUGG